AUAAUUGUUUUUUUUUUUUUGGCAUUUGCCGUUCUCGAAAGAACCAAAUGAUGGCUCAGACCGUUUAAAAAAUUUCCUACAAGUUACUCAAUCCGGGGGCACUAACUAAUUCAAUCUAAAAGUCCAAUUCGCAAAUUCUAAAAAAAAAAUCAAAACAUCCGCCAUAAAUGAAGAAUUCCCCAGAAAACCCCCAAUUUUCAUCAACAAGAACAACACAAACGACAAUCUCAACAACAACAACAUCAACUUCAACAACGACUGAGUUUCAAGCAGUUGAUGAUGAUUGGGAUAAACCCUUUUCAAAUGAAGAACUGGAAGCCAUUGAAGCAGCUUUUGAAGCUGCAACUUUAACACUUUCUUCGUCUUCCAUCAAAACCCCACGUAGAACUUCUGUAGUUAUCGACGACGAGGAAAAUGCCCGACCCACUACCCGCCGUCGAUUGCCCGGUUCAAUUUCCUGCUCAAAUGCCGAAUUGGGUUCGCCUCUAAAUGCGGGUUCUUUUGCCCUAACGCCGUGCUCUAGGAAUUGGGCAUUCCCCCAAGGCAAUGUGAAAAUGAAGUAUCAAGCAUUGAAUUUUGGGGGCCGAAUUGUGUAUUCCCGGUCGACCGAGGAGGUAGAGGAAGCUACAUUGCAGAUUUUGGAGUUUCUUGAGGCUCAAAAACGAAAAUCAGGCAGGGCUGUCCUUGGUCUUGACAUUGAAUGGAAACCGAGCUUUGAUCGAGGUAUUCCACAGGGAAAAGCUGCAGUCAUGCAAAUAUGUGGGGAUAUGAAUAUUUGCUACGUAUUGCACAUUUUUCAUUCCGGAAUCCCUGGUAGCCUGCAAUCUCUUCUUGAAGAUUCUACAUACAUCAAGGUUGGAGUUGGUAUUGACAAUGACGCUGUUAAAGUCUUCCAUGACCAUAAUGUGUCAAUAAAAUCCUUGGAAGAUCUAUCCAGUCUGGCCAAUCAAAAGCUUGGCGGUGUACCAAAACAGUGGAGUCUGUCUUCACUGGUUGAAACUUUUAUUUGCAAACAACUCUUGAAGCCUAAGAAGAUUAGACUAGGAAAUUGGGAAGCCGAUCCUCUUUCAAAGGCACAGUUACAGUACGCAGCAACUGAUGCAUUCGCUUCUUGGUUCCUCUAUGAGGUGCUGCAGAGUUUUCAAGAAUUACCCGAGAAUCAGAAGAAGAAUUAAAUCCUUAAAAAGCUUAUGGGAAUAAAACUGAUUGAGCAUCGAUCACUAUUGGAAGUUAGCAGGUUGUCCAUAGGAAACUGAAUCAAGAUGCAACAUGCCUACAAGUCUACAACCAGGUUUCACUCCACAUAUUUAUAUCAUCAAUAUUUUUUCAAGUCCAGUUAUUAUUUGUUCCAAGAGGACUAGCCCCUGUAACGCUAGGAGAGGCAGGGUUGAACCCAUUUUUAGGACUGUGAAGGUAGACAUUAAACCUAGAUGAGAAUCGAAACCUCAACUUCAAUGUCGGCAGGUUUGUGAUUUAUCACUCGAUGCAACUUUCUGUACCGAACCACCAUCAUCAGAACCGAAACGGGUCGCCUGGAUGCAACUAUUUAUGCCGUGUUUAUCACCAUUCACCGGGGACUACGUAGGGGUCUGAAAAACCAUCCCAUAUUUAUUUAAUUCAAUGUAUGUGUUCUCUGAGUUCUGAAAUUAAAUGUGACCAUGUUGAUUCUUCUGAUUAUGUUCUUUAUCCCCUGAAUCCUGAUUCCUGAGAUGCUAUACCAUGUUAUUAUGAUUACUAUGUAUGUAAUCAUAAGGAGCCCCAUAUUCAUUAUUUAUUCCCAUAACAUUUCCUUUUUUUUUUA